UUCGCUUUCAAAGCAGUAAAGGAGCUCACUCAGCUCAAAGCUGAGGGUGUAAAAGGCAAUUUCGGUGAAGUAAAAGAUAGCACACUCAUUGCUGUCAGUUGCAGCUUUGAACUCAAGAAUGUUCUGUUCGGAGCACAUCAUCCUACCAUCGGUUCCAGCGCGCGACGCGCUAUGGACGCGUUGGUGUCGCGCGCGCGUCGGAUCGGUCCGUUGCGUGCGCUGUCCGACUCGCUGCUAUUCGCCCUCUUCGCCAACUGCGACUGUAUCCCCGAUAGGGUGGUCAACGGAGCCGCACACGAUCGAUUAUAUCCCAGAACACUGUAA